ACAGAAAACUGUGACUUCAGAAAAUCGAUAUAAUAACAAGAGAUCUCACUGAAAAGUUUUCAGUUAUCAGAAAGACUUGCAUCUUUGCGGUUUGAUUUUGUUUAAAAUAAAGAAAUAUCUUCACCACAUAAUAAUACAAAACUGAAUAAAAGAUUCCACAGUUAAGAUAUUAAACAGAAAAAAAAAUCUUUUCAACGAAUUGUGAGGCUAAAAAAUCGAUUAGAAUUUAAACUUUUCCAUAAAAAAAUUUUCCCGUUAAAUUUCGACCCUUACGUUUGGGCCGUUGCGUAUUUUUUGCGAUUUUAUUUUAACGAGUUGUGCGUCGUUUGUCAGAGUGGAUCGGCACUUGGAAACGUUUAAUCGAACAUUUUGCGAAUUGAAUUAAAAAUCUAAUUCUUCGAAUGAAAUACAGGAACAGCCAAGGAUUAAUCCUGCAAAUUCAAUUUCGUACUUUUUUGCACAUUUUCGGAACUCGAGGGUGAUAAUAAGUCUCGGUGUUAAAAGCAGUGUUCAAUGUUGUGUUAAAAUAAUGUUUUAGUGUUUGCUGCCGAUUCGGAAAUGUAAACUAUUCGUCUUGUGUUGCGCAAGAAAGUAAAUCAAAGUCACUACUAUAAGUUCUCGAUUUACGCAAAAUCAAAACGAAAUCUUUAAAUUAAAAAUAAAAAUAAAAUAUUUUCCACUGCAAGCCAAAAGCUAAAGCUAAACCGUACACAUUACAAAAAUGGCUCGCAUUAAAUCGCAAUGUUUGUCCUUAACUCUAAUGAUCGUUUGGCUGGCCGGAGCUUGUGCCAAUACGGAAAAUACUUCAGACCUAACUGUAAACUUGGAUCAGAUUCAUUUGUAUGCGGAACAAGAUCGCCUACAAUGUGGCGCACCAGAAAAUCGUCACAUUGGCACGUUCACCCUAUACGACUACAGCAUAGUUUUGGGUAUGUUGGUGAUAUCGCUCGGAAUCGGAGUGUUCUACGGCUUUAUGGACAAGUCAUCAUCAAACUCGUCGGCCGAUUUUCUGCACGGAACCGAAAUGAGUCUGAUUACAGUCAGUUUGAGUUUGACGACGAGCUUUAUAACGGCUAUUGAACUGUUGGGAAACCCAUCUGAAAUGUUCUUCAAUGGCACGCAGUAUUCGUUAAUUGUUAUAUCAAUUGCAUUAGUCAUACCAGUGGCAAUAAAAAUAUUUUAUCCAAUUUAUUUCAAACUCGAUCUUACCAGUUGCUAUGAGUAUCUGGGCAUUCGAUUCAACAAUAACAUUCGCAUCUUUGGCGCUAUUCUUUAUAUCAUUCAAAUGUGUUUCUACACAGCCGUUUCGGUGUAUGCUCCAGCUAUUGCUUUAUCGAAAGCAACCGGUCUCAAUACCCAUUUGGCAGUGUUUCUCAUCUACGUAGUAUGUGUCUUCUACUCGAGUCAAGGUGGUAUGAAAGCUGUCGUAAUUGCUGAUACAUUUCAGGCUUGCGUACUGGCGUUUUCCUUGGUUCUGGUUGUGGUCCUGGGCCAUUUCUACACAGGAGGAUUUACGGAAAUUUUCGAAAUUGCUGAGGAUAGAGGACGAGUUGAAUUAUUGAACUUCGACAUAAAUCCAACGACAAGACACACCGUGUUUUCCGUUGUUGUGGGAGGAUUUUUCUACUGGACAUCGCUCCUAUGUACGAACCAAGCUUCCGUUCAAAAAUGCAUGUCAUUGCGUAAGCUGAAGAGGGCGAAUUGGGCGUUAGUUCUUUCAAUCAUUGGACUGGUAUUCGUUUUUACCGUCAAUUUUUAUACGGGUCUGACCGUGUUCAAGCACUACGCUGACUGUGAUCCCGUUCGUUCUGGACAGAUUGUCGCUAAGGAUGAGCUAUUACCGUUCUAUAUCAUGGACGUCUUCAACGACAUUAAAUUUGUGAAUGGAUUCUUCGUUGCUGGCAUUUUCGCCGCUAGUUUAGGAACCGUCGCUUCAGCACUCAAUUCAUUGUCGGCGGUUACAUAUGAAGAUAUAUUCGUAACGGGAAUGAAUAUUAAAAUCGACCCGGAAAAGGCGGCAAUGUACAUCAAAUGGAUGUCGCUGGGUUACGGAAUCAUAUCAUUCGCAUUGGUCUUUCUGGUGGAACAAUUGGGCGGAAUUUUGCAGGCAACACUAACGUUGAACGGAUUGAUCGGUGGUGUAACAUUGGGUCUAUUUUCGUUGGGUGUGCUAUUUAAAAGCGCUAAUUCGAAAGGAGCUCUUUACGGUGGCAUAGUGGCAUUGGUGCUGGUGGUUUAUGUAGGCAUAAUGGCGCAAUUAAACAAUGUCGAACCGACGCCCCUGCCGUCGUCGUUGACAAAAUGUGAAUGUUACUCAAAUGAAACCAUGCCGAUUGAAGUGGAAGUAACACCAACUGAAGUUCCAGCCCUGUACCGCAUCAGUUACAUUUGGUAUUCGUUCCUCGGCGCCGUGCUGACGAUUCUGUUCGGGCUCAUCAUAUCCGUCAUCACCGAUCGUAUCAGUGCUUCGCAAAUUCUUCACCUUACCGCUAGCAAUCAAACGCAAUCGAUCGAACGAACCGACGAAAAGUGCGAACGAAAGCUGAGCGAAUGUGCGAAAAAUUCGCCGGCCAUUUUCAUCGUCGAAAAGUAUCGAAAGAAAUCGCAGAUGAAUCCGAAUUUGCGGGGAGUCGACAACAUGGGCAUGAAAAUGGAAGAAGUUUAAGAAAUUUUGUAAAAAGAGAAAAAUCGAAGAUCUGAACACUAUUUAAGCUUAUUGAUAAGAUUGGUAGCUGACGUGAGAGCGACAUACGGCGUCUCAUAACAUGAAAUUAAAUCGUUAUGAAAAUGUCGACGUGAGUUGGGGCGCGCCAAUUAAACUUGAUGCAGGCUAGUCAUCACC